GUGACUUUUACAUAAAAUCAGCAGCUUCACCUUCCACCUCUAUUGCCUCUAUUAAAAAUUUAGUCAUUGACGUUAAAGAUGGAACAAAAGCUAUCGUUGCUCAUCAAAAAAGUGAAGAUGAUGGUUAUCAGCUUUGGUACUAUAAAAAUGGUUUUAUAAUCAACAAAUUAUCAGCCUCAUGUUUGGAAGCUGAGUCAG